CACAAAAUGUUACGCAAAUGAUGAGAACACGCAAGGAUAGAAAAAAAUUAAGAAAAUCAAUGCUGUUUUGUCGUGAAGUCGCCUGAGCCGAAUGGUUCUCGUGAAAUCCUGCCCUGGCCAAGAACACCUUGUGUUCUCACAAUUUUAAUCCUCUCGUUCAAGAAUUACAAUAAGUGUUGUCAAAAUGAAGUUCAUCUCCGCUUUCGCUGCCCUUACCGCUGGAUCGGUCGCCGCCUUCGCGCCUUCGGCUUUCACCCCUCGUCAAAUGGGUGUUGCCUCCACCAGCAGCUUGAACAUGGCCCUCGCCGAUGGUGUCAAGCCUAUUGUCAUCGGUGUUGCUGCCGACUCUGGAUGCGGAAAGUCGACCUUCAUGCGUCGUCUUACCAGCAUCUUCGGAGGAGAUGUUGUCGGACCUCUCGGAGGAGGUUUCGAGGCCGGAAGCUGGGAAACCAACACCUUGGUCUCUGACCUUACCACUGUCAUCUGCCUUGAUGAUUACCAUCUCAACGACCGUAACGGACGUAAGGAAUCCGGUCUUACCGCCCUGAACCCACUUGAGAACAACUUCGACCUCAUGUUCGAGCAGGUCAGUGCCCUCAAGAACGGAGAGACUGUCAGCAAGCCUAUCUACAACCACGUCAACGGAACCCUUGACACCCCUGAAACCAUCGAAGCUACCCCUAUCAUCAUCUUCGAAGGUCUUCACCCCAUGCACGACGAACGUGUCCGUGACCUUCUUGACUUCACCCUUUACCUCGAUAUCUCUGAUGAGGUCAAGCUCAACUGGAAGAUCCAGCGUGAUAUGGAAGAACGUGGUCACUCCCUGGAAUCCAUCAUGGCCUCCAUCGAAGCCCGCAAGCCCGAUUUCGAUGCCUACAUUGACCCCCAGAAGAAGGAUGCUGAUAUGAUCAUCGAAGUCCUUCCUACCGCUCUUGACGAGGAAGACAAGAAGACCCUUCGCGUCCGAUGCAUCCAGAAGGAAGGUGUCAGUGACUUCAACCCUUGCUACUUGUUCGACUCUGGAUCUUCCAUCGAGUGGGUCCCUGCCGCCGACAAGCUUUCCUCUCCUGCCCCUGGAAUGAAGCUCAAGUCCGGACCUGAAGAUUACGCCGGAAAGGCUUCCCAAGUUGUCGAGAUGGACGGUAACUUCGACAACCUCCAAGAGCUUGUCUACAUUGAAUCUGCCCUUUCCAACACCAAGACCAAGUUUUACGGAGAACUCACCCAAGCCAUGCUCGCGCUCUCUGACGCCCCUGGAUCCAACAACGGAACCGGACUUAUGCAAACUCUUGCUGCAUUCGCCAUCCGCGACAUCUACGAGAAGAAGACCGCCCAAGCUGCCAAGGCUACCGCCGAAGCCACUGCCUAAAUAUAGAAGGGUUUCUGGGUAUUUAAAAUUUAUUUAGAAUCUUGUAUUUUUUAAGCUACG